AUGAGCGCCUCAGCAAGUGUCGCUCGUCGGGCGGUGAUUGCGAACCCUUUUCUGGGCAACGCGCGUGCGCUGUCCAGUCUCGGUGUUUCGCCAGCUGUGCUCGGCCGAAACGCAAGACACCUGCCUCGUCGAACAAACGCCCUCGCCCUUCUUAUCCCCGUCCGCCAUCUGAGUACCGAGCACCACAAUCACGGCCAGCCUUCCGGUCCGCCGCCGGGCUUCAAUGUUGAAGAGGCUAAGAAGCCUCUUCCCAAGGAGAGCACUUCGGCAGCCAAGACCGAAUCCAAGGCGACAAAAGAUGCGGCUCAAUCUGGAUCCAAGGCAGCCUCGGAGAAGUCCGCCACCGACAAGGCCGACUCAGACGCUUCAUUGACCGAACUUGCUGCCGCGAAGAAUGCUGCUGCAGAGAGCAAAGAAGGCGCAAAGGAGGACAAGAAAUUGACCGUUUGGCAAAAGGUCAAGAAGGAGGUUCACCACUACUGGGAUGGAACGAAGCUGCUUGCCGCCGAGGUCAAGAUCAGUACCCGCCUUGCCUUGAAGAUGGCUGCCGGAUACGAACUCAGUCGCAGAGAGAACAGACAGCUUCGCCGUACCGUCCAGGAUCUCGGUCGCUUGGUGCCAUUCUCCGUCUUCGUCAUCGUCCCCUUCGCCGAGCUUUUGCUCCCUGUCGCACUGCGAUUGUUCCCCAACCUGCUGCCCAGCACGUACGAGGGUCAAAAGUCCAAGGACGCUAAGGCCAACACGCUUAGAGCGACACGCAAGGAGGUCAGCGAAUUCCUCCGUUCCAGUCUUAAGGAGACUGGCCUGCCCUUGACUCCGGCAACCACCCAGAGUGAGGCAUUUACCACGUUCUUCAGGAAGCUCCGCUCUUCCGGCGAGCAGCCGACUCACGAAGAUGUCAUCAAGGUCUGCAAGAUCUUCAAGGAUGACAUUACCCUUGACAACCUCUCAAGACCCCAGCUGGUCUCCAUGUGCAGAUACAUGAACUUGAACACGUUUGGUACGGACAACAUGCUCCGGUAUCAGAUCCGCCACAGAAUGCGCCAGAUCAAGAGAGACGACAGACAGAUCAGCUAUGAGGGUGUUGACAGCCUGUCAGUGUCCGAGCUGCAGAUGGCGUGCGCUAGCCGUGGUAUUCGUACGCACAGUGUCUCCCCCGCGAGAAUGCGUGAGUACCUUCAGCAGUGGCUCGACUUGAGAUUGAAGGACGGUGUUCCUUCGACUCUGUUGGUUCUGAGCAAUGCCUACAUGUAUGGCCAGGUUCCCGCCCACAGCCAGGUUGAGGCGCUUGUUGGUGUCCUCUCUUCCAUCCCCGAUGAGCUUUUCCAUGAGAUCUCUCUUGAGGUGCUCACUGCCGAGGGUGCUGCUACCAACAAGCAGCGUCUCGAGGUUCUCAAGGAGCAGCAGGAGCUCAUUGAGGAAGAGAACAGUCAGAACGAAGAAAACGCCAGCACUGGUUUCGCUACUCCCCGUGACGUUGAUAACAUCGAUGAGAAGGAGGACAGCAACCAAUCUGCUGAUGCUCAGGCGGCUAGCUCAAGUCAGGCCCAGGAGGCCAAGGAUGCAGAGCAGGAGAUGCUGGUGGCGAGGGAUCAGAAUGCACAGAAUGAGAAGAAGGCGGAGAAGAGCGACAAAUAG